AUGUGGCCCAGGGAUAUCCUUCCCAGCUGCUUUGAAAAGCGUUGCCGCGUCAUGCUCUUCUCCUACAAUGACGGCCUCUCCGUGAAUGACGAAGACACUCGCUUCAUCAAGCAUUGUGAUCGGCUUCUUCGACUUCUCAUGGAGAACCGACUUGACGACCCUACUCGACCAAUCGUCUUCAUCUGCCACGACAUUGGUGGGAUUAUCGUCAAAGAGGCAUUGGCCAAGGCCCAUUUGGACAAGACCGGCACCAUCCAUAUCAUUGAUCAGUGCACUCGCAUGCUAGUCUUUUUCAACACUCCUCACCACAACGUUGCCAAGUCUGUGCGAAACAUUGCCAGCGCUGCCGUCCGUCCCACGCCUCCUGAGGUCCUUGACAUGCUUGACAAGGCAUGCAACGAGCACGUUGAACGCAUCGCACCUCUGGAGAACCGAGGCCGUCUCUACCGUCGACGUGUGGUCAUCAACUUCCAUGGUACUAACUGGUACCGCGGCAAGCAUCUCCUUGUUGAAAAGGAAGACGCCGUGAUAAAUGCCAGACCCGAAUAUUGGGAGAAGCAUUUCGCCAUCUACGGCGAUCACACGUCCAUUUGCAGGUAUCCAAACAGCGAGGACAUCACCUGCGAGACUGUUCUCAAGACGAUUGGCCUCAACACCUAUCUUGCCUUGCGUAUGUUCCCUACUCUCGAAAUUAUCCACAGGGCGAAGUUUCGCCUUUGA